AUGAGUAGACCGACACUGAACAAGCGUGACAUUGCAAAUGAUGUCAUAUUUGACUCCAACCUUGAAUGGGACCCAACUCUAUUGCAUCCCAACAUUGACAGGCUGGACGAACAGGGCAAAGGUGAGAGACCAUUCGAUAGAAUAGGCAUCCUAAAGAGUAGUAAAACUAUUUUAACACUGAAUGAAGCCUCUGACAAUGAGACUCUCGACCGACUAGAUGAUUUCGACACUGCUAUAGAUCUUAAUGACACUGGCAUUGGUAAUGCCACACUCGUCUCCAACCUUGACUGGGACCAAACUUUAUUGGACCCACACAGUGGCAAUCUUGGCCUUAGUGUCUCUGCCGACAGCACUAGCCAUGGCUUGCUCCUUCAGUUGCCGGAAGCGAGCAUGGGGAGUGAUUCUGAUGCUCUUCUUCCUGAACAAGAUGAGACUGACGAGUACCCAAUGGAUUUGGAGAAGGGGGAGCAACAGUGUGCAAUGUCUGAUAAGUUGGCUGUCGUACCGGCUACCAAACGUCCACCGCCUACACCUCAACAAAAAGCCAAACAACAUGAGUUCACGUUUUAUGGAGUAAAAUAUAGAUCAGUUAAUAACCAUAAUGUUAUCUAUUCUAUUCAGAAAGCCAACACUUCUAAACAUCUAGCUUUGAUUGAUAGAGGUGCCAACGGCGGUAUUGCUGGAGAUGAUGCCCGCAUCAUCAUUGCCAUCAUACACCAACAGGCCUACAUUGAAAAGGGUCAAUCCAUUCUGUCCAACGGAUAA